AUGAGUCUUGAGCUGAAUGGUAAGACUAUCGUUUCUAUGGCUGACUACAAGCUGUUUUGGAGCAAUAUUCGUGCUCAGACUGGAUAUAGUCCUCCGUAUGUUGAAAAGCAUGGUGCAGAGUCUUUCCUCUUCCCUGAUGCUGCUCAGUCGUCGAGGUACAGUGCUACGGGCUCUUUUACUGGAGACGGGUAUUCGAAUAACACAGCGUUCUCCUCCUCCUUCACCGCCGGCGCUAUCUCUGCCACAGCUUCAGUAGCAAAUGAUGGUUUUGGUAAGCAGCUUCUUUUCGAACCCAUUAAAUGCUGGAGCUGA